AUGUUAUGUGUCUUAUUUGUUUAUUUUUGCAUUGCAGUGAAUGAUCUAGGAGGGGACUUCAUGGGAGUUGGUAAAGGCUCCUUAGCUGCUGAUAAGGUUGUUGAAGAAAUAAGAAGGAAAGGCGGAAGAGCAGUGGCCAACUAUGAUUCAGUGGACGCAGGAGAGAAGGUUGUGAAGACAGCACUGGAUGCUUUUGGAAGAAUAGAUGUUGUGAUCAACAAUGCUGGAAUUUUGAGGGACCGUUCCUUUGGUAGAAUAAGUGAUGAAGACUGGGAUAUCAUCCAGAGAGUUCAUUUGCGGGGCUCAUUCCUGGUGACCCGGGCAGCGUGGGAUCACAUGAAGAAACAGAAAUUUGGAAGGAUCAUCAUGACUUCAUCGGCUUCAGGAAUAUAUGGCAACUUUGGCCAGGCAAAUUAUUGUGCUGCAAAGCUGGGUCUUCUGGGCCUUUCAAAUUGUCUUGCAGUUGAAGGCGAGAAAAGCAACAUUCAUUGUAACACUAUUGCCCCUACUGCUGGAUCACGGUUGACCCAGAACAUUUUGCCUGAUGAUCUUCUGGAAGCUCUGAAGCCAGAUUACGUGGCACCCCUGGUCCUUUGGCUUUGCCAUGAGAGUUGUGAGGAAAAUGGUGGCUUGUUUGAGGUUGGAGCAGGAAGGAUUGGAAAAUUACGAUGGGAGCGGACCCUUGGAGCCAUUGUAAGACAGAGGACUCAGCCAAUGACUCCUGAGGCGGUGAAGGCUAACUGGACGAAGAUCUGUGACUUUGAUAAUGCCACCAAGCCUCAGAGAAUUCAAGAAUCAAUUGGCGGUAUAAUUGAAGCUCUAAAUAAAAUAGAUUCAGAUGGAGGAGUUUCGGCAAAUCAUACCAGUAAUGUGACAUCAACAGCUACAUCAGGAUUUGUACUCUUUGUGUUUGCAGCUCUCUCAGUUGUAAUCCACUGUUGUUAUACUGGAGGCCUGUUGAAGUGGCUGUAA